AUGGGUGACGACAUUGGGCAUGAGUGCGGAUUCGCCAUGCUUCGACUGCUGAAGCCACCAGAGUAUUAUCUUGAGAAGUAUGGCACGCACUUUUUUGGCCUCAACCGCAUGCACCUGCUCAUGGAGAAGCAGCGAAAUCGUGGCCAGGAUGGAGCUGGCGUCGCAAACGUCAAGUUGGACAUGCCUCCAGGGACCAGGUACAUCCACUGCGAGAAGUCCAUCGCUGCGGACCCCAUUGGAGACCUCUUCGGGCGCGUGGAGAAGCAGGCCACAGCAAUGCUGCAGAAAGCCCCGACUGAUGCGCGCAUCCCCAGCGGCCCCAACGGGAAGGAGCAGGUCGACCCGAGGUGGGUCAAGGACAACAUCCCUUUCUGCGGUGAAGCCUACCUGGCCCAUGUCCGCUACGGCACCGACUCCGAAAACAGCCUCGACAGGUGCCACCCGGUCACGCGUGAGAGCAAUUGGAUGACCCGAAACCUUAUCCUUGCCGGAAAUUUCAACAUCACGAACAAUGAGGAUCUCUUCGGGAGCCUCGUCCAACUUGGCCAGCAUCCCCGUGAGCUCUCCGACACCGUUAUGCUGCUGGAGAAGAUCGGCCACUUCGUGGACAAGGAGAACAAUGACCUCUACGUGAAGUACUCGGCUGCCGGUCACAGCCCGCAGACCUGCUUCAGUCUCAUUGCCGAGAACAUCAACAUCGCCAGGAUCCUGCGCAGGGCCUCCGGGCUCUGGGAUGGUGGUUACUGCAUUGCCGGACUGCUUGGCCACGGCGAUGCCUUCGUGAUGCGUGACCCCAGUGGAAUCCGCCCAGCUUUCUACUAUGCCGACGACGACUUCAUCACGGUUUGCUCGGAAGCGCCGCUGAUCCAGACCGUCUUCGGUGUGCAGGAGGACAAGGUGCAUCCGCUUCCUCCGGGACAAGCGCUUUGCAUCAAGAGGAGCGGUGCCUGGUCACUGGAGCAGAUCCUGGUCCCCCUUGCUCUGAAGCAGUGCUCUUUCGAGCGCAUCUACUUCUCACGGGGCAACGAUGCGGGAGUUUAUCGCGAGCGUGAGGAGCUGGGCCGCCUGCUAUUGCCUCCGCUGCUGAAGUUGCUGAAGGGCAACAGCCUGUCACUGGCGAACACCGUGCUCAGCUUCAUCCCAAACACCUCCGAGUUGGCUUUCCUUGGCCUGGCCAAGCAGGCUCAGGACCACUUGGAUCGCGAGAAAGCUGAGCUGGUCAAGGCAAUGGGCCAAAAUGGCAGCGCCGUGAAAAUAGACGAGGCGAAGCUUCACGAAUUGCUGAGCGCCAAGGUGCGCACAGAGAAGGUGGUGCACAAGGAUGCGAAGAUCCGCACCUUUAUCCAAGAGGAUUCAUCCCGUGAGCACCUCACGAUGCACGCCUACGACAUCCACUACGGCACGGUGCGACGGGGCCAGGAUGCCGUGGUCGCCUUGGACGACUCUAUCGUCCGCGGCAACACCUUGAAGAACGCCAUCCUCAGGACCCUGGACAAGAUGGGACCCACACAGAUCGUUGUUGUGUCGAGCUGCCCUCAGAUUCGAUACCCGGACGUCUACGGCAUUGACAUGGCCAAGUUGGGAGAUUUGGCGGCUUUCAAAGCGGCAGACGCCUCACGGGCGGGAGGUGUAAGGGAGGUGUAG